GUUCUCCUUGAGCUUGCCCCAAGACCUCGUCAAUAGAUGAGCAGGGCCGAGCAAGAUCCAAGUCUCCAUUUGGUCGUCACUACUGAGCUUCCUGCUUCCAGGUCGUCACUACUGAGCUUCCUGGUCGUCACUCCUGAGUUUCCUGGUUCCAGGUCGUCACACCUGAGCUUCCUGGUCGUCACUCCUGAGCUUCCUGGUUCCAGGUCGUCACACCUGAGCUUCCUGGUCGUCACACUUGAGCUUCCUGGUUUUCCAGGUCGUCACUCAUCAGUUUCCUGGUUCCAGGUCGUCACUCCUGAGCUUCCUGGUUCCAGGUCGUCACUCCUGAGCUUCCUGCUUCCAGGUCGUCACUAUUGAGCUUCCUGGUUUCAGGUCGUCACUACCAAGCUUCCUGGUUUCAGGUCGUCACUAAUGAGCUUCCUGCUUCCAGGUCCUCACUACCGAGCUUCCUGGUUUAGUGACCCCGAGUCACAUAUUUU